CUUACGCAUGAAGGCAACCUAUUUUUACAGUUUACAGGGAAAUAAGUGAGGGGAGCUGCACGGCAUCAUCACUGACAGUUUCUAAGCUCUCUUGCUGCCUGGGACGGAUGGGAGUGGCUGCUGACAUGAUGACACGCCCUCUUUUCAUGGCCAUCAUGGUUACGUCAUGGAUGUGUAUUCAGGGUCAGUGGCAUACUGGCGGUUCUGGAGCUGCAGUGAACUGCUUAUAUAUGCCUGACGGCAGAAGUGUUACCUGCACUGUUGAUUACUCAGACGUAGGGGAACCUGAGAAUUGUACGGUUAAAUCAAGUUACCUGUGUGAUAUUCGUGAAUUGAACUGCAGCAAAGGAACUGGAAGAGAAGGACUCAUUUUUUAUGUCAGGAAUGUUGAAGAAGGAAAGUAUAAAGUCUCUGUUCGGACAACCUGUGGUGAAGCAUGCACAUUCGUCAAUGUCCCCCUACAAGACCCAGAUGAAAUUGCCGGCACAGAGGCAUCCCAUUCACCCCCAGGUUCCCCAGCUCCCUCGAGGGCUCUGUGGGGAGGAGCAGGAGUCGUUGCAGUAGCAGUAGCAGUUGCAGCAUUCAUUAUUUUGGGCAUUUUAAAACACAAGAGGCUUUGUUCAAGAUUAUUUAAGCUACCAGCGAGAGACACUGAUGUAGAGGGUAAUUGCAGUAGCAGUCAUGAGGAACCAGUAAUACUUCUGGACACCAACACAGACGAAGCAUCAAACUGAUUCUAGCUCCACACUCUUCACUCCAGAUGGAUGGAAACACACCCAUCUCAGCUUAAGCAGCACAGCCCCUGUCACAUGGAGACACAAGCAGCACUCAUUUACUGCCAGAAGAGGAGCAAGAGAAGGCUUGCUGGCAAAUCAUAGAUUUAUUUUUUGGUGAUCUAUCCAUAUGUCUUUUUCGUGUGUCUAUGUGUGGGGUGUGAUUUGGUUGUGUGUGUGUGUGUGUAAGGGGUAUUUUUAGUGUGAGAUUGUAUGUGG